UCUCUCUUGUUUUCCCUUCUCAAGAGAGAGAAAAGAGUUUCACAACAUUUUAGUCAUUCUCUUUCUCUUCCACCUCCUCCAGUCCCACACAUGUGUCUAUAUAUGUAUAUAUAGAGAAAAGGAGAGAAAAGAAAGCGUCCAAGAGAAAUAUUUUUCAUUUCAUGACCCUCUCCAUUAAUUUAUUUUCUACCAUUUCCCUCUUGAUCUUUUUUAUUGGUAUUUGAGUUAGUUAACGAUGAAUAACGACAACAACAAUAAUAUUAUGAGUGAUGAAGCAGAUGAUCAUCACGAGCAUGACAUGGUGAUGCCGGGCUUUCGAUUCCACCCUACUGAGGAAGAACUUGUAGAGUUCUAUCUUCGCCGUAAGGUCGAGGGCAAGCGUUUCAAUGUUGAACUCAUUACUUUCGUGGAUCUUUAUCGCUACGAUCCAUGGGAGCUUCCAGCGUUGGCUGCUAUUGGGGAGAAAGAAUGGUUCUUCUAUGUCCCGAGAGAUCGCAAGUAUCGGAACGGGGAUCGUCCGAACCGUGUGACCACUUCCGGCUACUGGAAGGCGACUGGAGCUGACCGGAUGAUUCGAGGUGAGAAUACGAGGUCUAUUGGGUUGAAGAAAACCCUAGUUUUCUACUCCGGGAAGGCCCCGAAAGGGAUUCGAACUAGUUGGAUUAUGAACGAGUAUCGUCUCCCACAUCAUGACACCGAAAAGUACCAAAAGGCUGAAAUAUCGCUAUGUCGAGUCUACAAGAGAGCAGGAGUAGAAGACCAUCCAUCUCUUCCUCGUUCGCUCCCUUCAGGGCCUCCUUCCUCAUCCUCAUCGAGAGGAUCUUCGGAGAAAAAGAAUCCUCGGCAGGAGUCAUUGACAACCCAUCUUGGCAUUGAGAGAAUAAACACUUUUGGAGCACAAUUGGAGUUGGAAAAGAUGACUACUACUGAAACUACUACAGAUAAUUGUAGUAGUAGCUCAGAUGUCACUACAGUUCUUGGCCUCUCCAAACACAACUCGUACCGUCCAAUUCCGGCGCCCCAAAUUAGUACUUCACUUGGAUUGCCAGUAGUGUCAAUGGAAGAAGAAGGAAUGAUAAUACUAAACCAAUCUAAGAAGCAGCAGGCUUUGCUUCCUAGUUGUCCUUCUAUGACGACGAAUCUCUUAACCGGCAUAGCAUCGAACAAUGUAGUAGUAGAUGAUCUUCACAGACUAGUGAACUACCAAUAUCAACAACGCUCCUAUAAUCAUCAUCAUCAAUUGAUGUCUACUUCUACUAAUUUGCUUCCACAGCAGCCUCCAGUGUCCCUCAACAUGACGACGCUACCUCCAGCAAAUUCACUUUCUAGUACCACCUUUUCGGACCGGCUUUGGGAGUGGAAUCCAGUUCCUGAACCAAAUAGAGAUUUCAACAAUGAUCCCUUCAAGUAAUCUCUUCAAUUAAUUAACUUAUAUAUCUAUAUAUAGAGAAAGACUUAGAGACAUAGUUUGAUGUUGCUACUGAUCAUGAUAUAUAUUGUCUAGUGAUGCAUUUAAUAUGACUUAAUAUUAAGUUUGAUGACAGAUUACAAGUAUUCAAUUUCUUGGAAUGAAUUUUCUUUUUUAACUCUAGUAAAAGUUUU